AAGAUCUUCAUUUUGUGCACCAGUAGGUGAUGGUGGUUGCAAGGGGACAUGUUCGGUAUUUUCUUCUGCAGGAAAUUAAUUAAUAAGUAAAAAAGUGGGUGGGCAUAGUUUCAUCACUUCCUGUUGAUCCCAAGACAAGCUGAAUAUAUUAAAAGUGUGAGGAAGUAGAAAACUCUCAAAUGAGUUAAAAUUAGUGUCUGUGAUAGCCCCCAUUGAUUGACGAAGAGGGCGAAUGGGGUGCAUGACGGUGGUGAGCAAGAGGGUAGUGAGUCGCGUGUAGCUGGUGUCUUGGUGGGGAUAGGAGUGGGGCUAAAACGUGUCCGAACGUCGCUAGGGCAGCCGUCAGAUCAACAGGGCAAGACACAUUUGACGGUGGGUCGUACACGCGCGAAUAUGCUUUGACAGACGUCUGACACGCGUCCGCUUCCGUAACUGUCUUAGCUACAAGUGUCAAAGGUGGUGUGUGGCUACGAAGAAGCCAUGGAUCAUUCAUUAUCACAGAAUACGCCCCUGCAUUGGGGCUACUCCGCCAACAACCCCAACGCCUCCUCCUGGCAGCCCGUCGCCAGGCCGGUCAAGAGGCCCCUCUCGGAGAGCGAUGACUGCGACGAUGUCUUCUCCGAGGAGUCCUCCAAGGAACAAUGUACGUCUCCUGGCGACGCCGACAGCUGCCAAAUGUUAUCACGGAAAAAACGAAGAGGAGUGAUAGAAAAAAAACGUCGUGAUCGUAUAAACAUGUCCUUGUCGGAACUGAAACGGCUCGUCCCCAGUGCAUUUGAAAAACAAGGUUCCGCUAAACUGGAAAAAGCGGAAAUUCUUCAAAUGACUGUGGAUCAUCUCAAAAUGAUCCAUGCAAAAGGUUUGGACGCCUUCGCGUACGACCCCCACAAAUACGCAAUGGACUACCACGGAAUGGGCUUCCGGGAGUGCGUGGCAGAGGUGGCCCGAUAUUUGGAACGCAUCGAAGGCCUCGACGUCCAAAAUCCGUUACGGUUGCGUUUGACUUCGCACCUCCAAUGCUGUGCAGCCCAGCGUGAACUCGCCUCGAAACAAACGACGUCCGCGCCGUGGGGCUACAGCUCCACCCAACCGUACCCGCCACUGAACACGCUUCCGCCCUCGCCGGUGCCCAAUCACGUCAACCAUCAGCCCUUGCCCCACCAGAACAUGCACGAGUUGGGGCACUUCGAUGCGCCGCAGACCUCCGCUCCGGCCCCCACGAGCGACAGACUAGCCCCCGCCUCCACUGUCUUAACACCCCUGACCACGACGACGUCCUCAGCGCUGGCCUACAGCCCCCAUCAGUACCCCAACACUUUCACAAUACCCACGUCCAGUCACCAUCAGAAUUACAACCAAAGCAAUAUUCCCACGUCGCAAGGGAUGAAGCCCUACAGGCCGUGGGGCACCGAACUUGCCUAUUAACUAAACAAGUGCCAGUCUACAGUGCCUCAAGUGAUAAUGAUUUUUAAUUAGUUGCUCGAUUUGGGCCACCUUCCCCUAAUUAUUUUGCACGGGAGUGAGGUUUUAGUCAUUUUGUACCUAUUCGAGUCUUAUUUAUUUUUAGUCUAGACAUUCCCAAAUAAAAAUAUUUUUAUAGACUUUAGCCCUCGAGGCAUAUUUUUGUAUAUUGUAUAUGAUCUCACGUCAGAUGUGAAGUUUGUUGUGAUUUAAUUUUAGCAAUAAAUCAUUUUCUAUAA